AUGUCAAUGGAUAAAACCCUUGGUUCUCCCAAAGAUUCAACUUCAGUAAACACCAUCGAAAAUGUGGAUUUACAAUCACAAGCUGAUGAAAUCUUCUACCAUGAUUCUCGAUUAUCCCUGUCUUUGAGUUCCCGAUUGAUUCUGAUGAUUUCCUUGGUGGGUGUUAUUGGAACUGGUCUAUUCUUAAGUUCCGGAGGAACAUUAGCAACUGCAGGCCCAUUAGGAAUGAUAAUUUCUUACAUCUUUGUUGCCACGGUCAUUGGCGCAAACCAAAUUGCUGUUACCGAAGUCACUUGUUUGAUGCCCAUCACCAGUGGCUAUAUCAGACACGCAGAACACUUUGUUGACCAUUCUCUUGGAUUCGCAAUGGGAAUCUGUAAUAUCUACCUGGCAGUAAUCCCAACCGAAUUAUCAGCCGUCGCUCUUAUCAUGACAUACUGGUCAGACUUAAGUCCUGCAGUGUUUGUUACUAUAUUUGGAAUCGUCAUAGUCGUCAUCAACUCAUACAACGUCAGAUGGUACGGAGAAAUCGAGUUUUGUUUUGGGGUUUUGAAAAUACUUUUGGUCAUUUGUUUAAUUAUUGUUGGAUUGGUUAUAGACUUGGGCGGCGCCCCCAACCACGAACGUCUUGGAUUCCGGUACUGGAAAGACCCUGGCCCAUUUUCAGAAAGAUACGCUACUGGUGCAUUAGGAAGAUUCUUAGGGAUCUGGAAAAGCGUUGGAACGGCAGUGUACACAUUUUCAGGGAUCCAAUCGGUUUGUCUUCUUGCUGGAGAAUCGGAAUACCCACGAAGAGCUAUUUAUCGUGCUGCCAAAAGAGUGUUUUAUCGAAUUGCCAUCCUCUAUUUCACAACCGUAUUGGUUUUAUCAAUGAUUGUUUCUCACACCGAUCCAGCAAUCAGUAAACCCGAUGGCACUGCCAGAGGCUCAGCAUUUGUUGUCGCAAUACAACGGUCAGGAAUCAAAGUGUUGCCACACAUCGUUAAUGCAGUGGUCUUGACAUCUGCAUUAUCUGCAGCAAAUUUGGAUAUUAUUCGAUCAAGUAGAAUUAUCUAUGCCCUUGCUAGCAAACGCCAACUCCCAAAAAUAUUCCUCAAAGUCAAUAACUAUGGCUUACCAUAUGUUGCAGUGGCAUUCUGUUGUUCAUUCUUACCCUUGGCAUACAUGACCGCGAAUGCCACCCUGGCAGCAGUUUUCAGCUGGUUUCAAAACAUCACAUCCUCAUGCACUUUGCUCAACUGGAGUAUCAUCUCCAUAAAUCACAUAAGCAUGAGCAGAGCAUUGCGGGCUCAAGGUUAUACAAGAGAUGAUUUACCUUAUAAAUUUGCUGGAGGGGAAUUUGCCGCUUAUUAUUCAUUGUUUUUCGCCAUCAUUUUCUUGCUAACUGGCGGGUUCCCAGUGUUUAUUAAAGGAUAUUGGCAGUUUUCCACCUUUUUCAGUUCUUAUUUUAUUAUUCCCCUUGUGUUGGUCUUCUACACCUUUGGCAAACUCUUCUGGAAAACAAAAUUAAAGACUCCUUAUGAUGUCCCAUUGAAACCUUUAUUCUUUGACGUCCAACAACGUCCCGAACCUCCUUACCCAAAACUUAAAGGUUGGCAAAAGUUAACUUGGUUAUGGGCUUGA